AUGCCUAUGCAGUUAUCUUUCUCCCCCUCCCCUUUUUUUUCCCUUUCAGAUGUUGGCAGCAUUCAACAGUCAGAGGACAAGCUGUUGGAGUACUUGGGAGUGGUGAUCUAUGAAGCCCUGGACUGGGGAAUCGACAGCCAGGUGGAGCGAGAACUGAGUGAUCCUUUGGAGAAACUGCUGUGCCUCAUGUUGAAACUGGAUGAUGAGGCAAUGAAACCAGCAGUCACCCUGCAGGAUGUUAUCAAGGCCUGUGAGGAGCACUUGGCCACGACUUCUGAGGCUACCAGCCAUUGUGAAAUGACCUGUAGGAGUCUGUUUACUGAAUAUAUGGAACUUCAGAAGCUUGUGACCAUCAUCCAGACCUCCAAAGAGAGUCUGAGAAAAAUGGAUGUGGAAGAUUUGGUGGAAAAUCCCCUUCAGAAGAAGGAAAAACACUGGGCAUCCCUGUGGCCCGACGUCAUCCGUGAACUGCAGAAUGGUGUGAGGCUGCGCAAGGCCACUGAGCGACCACAGCAUCAUACGCCUCUAAAAGAAUGUAUCCACUCUCCCUAUGAAUUACUUUUGGAUGAUAUUCAGCACAAGAGGUACACCCUUCGGAAGGUGAUCAUCGAACAAAAACAUAGGACCCCCAAAGCUGAUGUAGCUGCUCCCAAGCCUCAUCUAAAGCCUGUGCUGGAGAGGAAGCUGAAAGAGUGUGCGCCCUGGGAAUCCAGCUGGCAUGAACAGCUCAUGGCAGAAAUAAAACGACCACGGAAGCUUCGGUUAUCAGCAGCAAGGGAAAAUGGGAGCAGGCCCAAAGAAAUGCUUGUGACAGCAAAUAUUGCCUUGAAAUCUCCAAGUGAUAGUUUCUUAACUCUCCAAGAUGCCAGUACCGAGUUUAAAAUUGUCAACACUACAACACAGCAGCUGGGACCAGGAGUUCAGGAAACCACUCCCAAGCUGCCUUCCAGCACCUGGCUUGCCUCAACCAGGUCAUCAGCAGUAUCCUGCAACAGCACAGGUCUCACUGCAAAUUGCACAUGUCCUCCCAUGAGUGCACGCACACUAGGAGGUAUUAAACCUAAUGGUUUCCUGAACGCUGGCCAACAGCAGCUGGUUCCUUACAGAGGAAGGUCCAAAUCUUUAGAGAGGCACCUUCAAAGCAAGGAACUUGACUGUCCCUUUCCUACCAAGUGGCCAUCACCAACUAUUGCUGAGCUGAUUGGAACCAGAUAUGCAAUGAUGAUGCUGGAAGGGCAAGGCUUCUUCCAAGGAGGUAGUGAUGGUGUCUUUCCAAGAGCAAAGAUCUGUUUCAGCUGCCAUAAGCAGAUGUUUCUUAAGUGGCCUUACAGCUGUUACCUCUGCAGCAGUGUUGUCUGCUGUGACUGCUGCAUCAAGAUGUCCAUGCCCUUCAGAACAUGUGUACAUCUCCCACUUCACUUCCUAAAACUUUUGAAACUCUCCAGAGAGGAGGACCCAGCUACUCAAGAGCAGAAGAGCUCAGAGUUGCUGCAUGAAAUAGAGCACUGGGAGCGUUUUGGUGUACCUGUUAUUUUGGAACCCCAUGGCCUAGCACAGCCUCUGUGCUGUUACACAGGGACCGUGGCAGACUGGCUGACUGCAGACAUCUGUACGCAAUGUGAGCAGUAUCUGUUGAACAUGGCUUCCAGUCAACAGCAGAGCAUCCCUCUCAGGAGAAUUUCCUGGCCUUGAACCAAACUGGAAUGACUCUGCCAUACAUUUCUCCUGUCACUUGUUCUGUACCUGAAGUAAAUGAAACAGCUUUAUGCACCUACUGACAUAAAGGCCUCAAUAAAAGACCUCCCUGCUGGUUAGUCUAAGCAGGAAGCACAGUUAGUAUUUAUGUAUUGUGAAGUACUAUAAAACUUUGUGGGUUUUAGAACUGUUUUAAUUCUUUUUAUGUGUCUUUGGGGAAAAUAAAUGU